AUGUGUUCGCUGGCAGCCUCACAACCCCUCACCCAUGAUGUAGCACCGAUUGUUGAUGAGCUCAAGGUCAAGCUCAACGGCUAUUCUAGCGAUACGAAAACUCUCAAGGCUCCCCUACCGAACCCAUCCUUGCAGGUCACGGCAGAUCACAACUUGAAAAGAGUCGACGCGCCUGUGUAUGCACCCAAGUCCGGCGAGGUUCUUGUUCACAUCAAGGCCACCGGUAUUUGCGGUUCUGAUGUUCAUUUUUGGAAAACAGGAUGUAUAGGUUCCCUUGUAUUUGAGGGUGAUUGCAUCAUUGGACAUGAGGCCGCUGGUGUUGUGAUUCGUGUUGGUGAGGAUGUUGCAGAUCUCCAACCGGGCGACCGUGUGGCUGUUGAGCCUGGUGUUCCUUGCGGUCAUUGCUUUCUGUGUAAAGACGGCCGAUACAAUCUCUGUGAAGAUGUGCAGUUCUCCGGGGUCUACCCUUAUGCAGGAACUCUGCAGCGAUACAAGGUUCAUCCUGCCAAAUGGCUUCAUAAACUUCCCGAUAGUGUCUCCUUCGCCGAGGGCGCCCUUCUCGAGCCCCUGAGUGUCGUCCUCCACGGCAUAAACUCCGCCCCGAUCACACUCGGAACGCCUGCUGUGAUCUGUGGUGCUGGCCCUAUUGGUCUUCUUGCCCUCGCCGCCGCGCGAGCUUCUGGGGCCCAUCCCCUGGUCAUCACCGAUGUUGAACCCAAACGACUGGCUUUUGCAAAGGAGUUCGUUCCCACCGCUAUUGCGUAUCAGGUUGACAUUAGCAAGAGCAACGAGCAGAAUGGGAAGGCUGUGAGGAAGCUCUUUGGUGAAACAGAGUAUGUUCAGCCUAGGGUUGUGUUUGAAUGUACCGGUAUCGAAAGCAGUGUAUGCUCCGCUGCGUAUAUGGUACGUCGUGGAGGUGUUCUCAUGGUUGUCGGUGUUGGCAGGUCGAUUAUGAACAAUCUGCCUUUUAUGCAUUUGUCUCUUGCCGAGAUUCAACUUCGAUUCAUCAACAGAUACAAGGACACCUGGCCAGCGGGUAUUGCGUGUAUUGAGGGGGGCUUGAUAGAUGCGAAGAAGUUGGUAUCGCAUGUUUUCCCUCUGGAACAGGCUCUGGAGGGUUUGUCUUUAUCGGCAGACCCUAAGAAUGGGUGCAUCAAGGUGCAAAUUGUGGAUGAGACUGAGACAACGUAUUUUUGA